UUAACUUCAAAGGAAUGACGUAAUUUGUAAACACGUAAUUUGACGUUCUGCUGAGGGACAGAGUGAUAAUUUCAACUUAGUUAUUUAAAUUAACAUUUAAGAGUCGGGAAACAAUAUUAAGAGUUCUAUGAAAUUAAAGUCUGUCAAGAAUAGAGAACUUGUUGAGAUGUGUUAAAACAGUAGAAUGGCUACUGGAAAUGUGGAUUAUUCUUUUCCAAAAAGAAACUUAGAAUUUUCACGACCAUUUAAUUUGAAUUUCCUUCAUGUUGAAUUACAAUCUGAAUUUUUAGGUUAUUCUGAAAGAACAUCUAGUACAAUGGACAAUAAUGUUUAUGCAGAUAGACCAUUAACAAUUCAAGUCCUGGAUAAUGAAUCCCUGAACUAUCCUAUAGCUUCAACUAGUGAUAAUGGGAAUAUUAAGGACUCGGAUUCCUCAUCCAAGGAGACUAAAUCUGUCCAGUCUUUAUCAGAUUUUCUGGCAAUGAACAAAAAUAAUCCACCGAGUGUUGUUAGACAAGAACUGAUGCAUAGUGUUAUUCCUGAAGAACUAACAAUAAAUGUUGAUGUAGAUGAAGGAAGUUUGCAUAGCUGGAGACCAAACAUGACAAAUUCUUUGAGUGCUGAUAUCUUUUUACCUCAACCAUUGUUCGACAUCAGCCCAACUGCAAACCUUUUGACAUCUUCAAAAAAUCAAGAUCUGAAUAUUCCUCAACUUCCUCUUUGGAAUAAACCAGUACAAAAUGAACUAUCUGAUGAUAUGGAUAAGAUUCAAAUAUCAGUCAAUCCAGGCUUUCCAAAGAAUUUUCAAAUAGAUAUUCAAGGUCAUAUGAGCUCUCAAAAAGCUUUGUUAAAUACUGUGAAAUAUGAAGUCAUGAAUGCCAGGAGAAAUAAAACAGAACUCAAAGAAGCAAUAGAUAACUUGGCAUAUAAGUUAGAAGAAAGAAAGAUGUUUCAGAAUAGUCAAGAUAUUAAAAGGCUGAGCGAAGAAAAUGCUCGAUUACGUUUAGAAUGCCAGUGUUUAUGUAUGGAAGUUGAUUAUUAUUUAAAAGGACAAGCUCCAUUAGGUGAAGUAGAUGAAAACUUUUAUGGGGAAAAUUCUUCUCAAUUUAGCCAAAAAGAAACUCAAGGUCAAAUACAUGACCAUUGCUUAGUUCAGUCUCAAACUGUAGAUACUGAUGAACAAGAGGAAUCCAAUGAAUGGGAAUGUCCCAAGUGUACUUUUGCCAAUCACCCAGCCAUUCGAUUUUGCGAAAUGUGUCAAUUGCCAAGACCACAAAAAGAGAACCCAUUGUUCCUGUCGUCAAAGUCCGAGACAUGCUACUGCCACCCAGACAAAAAACCUGAACCAAGAUGAUCCUUCUACAUUCUAUGGUAUAUCUUAACCUUAAGACAUUCCCUCCACGUGCAUCAAACUUCUAGAUCUGUAAAAACACCAUCUUAGAACUUAUUUGUGGUUCAUGUAAAGUACCAUAUUUUCAAGUAGAUAUUUAUUAUUACUACAGUAGUAUACUGUAGACAGGUUAAAAAAAAAAAAGUGAUUUCUAGUGUUGUGAUGAAAUUAACAGAUUGGUAAUUUUUUGUAAAAAGUUAUGUGAUAUGAUACAGCUGGAUUUGUGCAUUGUUUGGAAGGAUUCUUCAAAGUUUUAAAAUGGUAAUUAAUAUUUCACAUAAUUAUUAAAAUUCUGAUAAAUUAUUAAGCUUAGAGCAAAAAUAUUCUUGUAACCUUGCAAUACUUUGCACAUAAUUGUUAAAUUCAAGUAUAAACUAAAUAUGAAUGCAUUUAUGUAAUUGGAAAGCAAAUCCAGAACACUCGUUUUAAGUUAUUCUUUGUUUGUACAAAAUAUUGCAAAAAUAAUUCUGUUACCUGUGUUUAUUGCAUUUUAAAUAGUAUGUUGUUCAAUGGAUUGGAAUGAUUUCAAUUUGACAAUUUAUGCAAUUAUAGUAACAGUUUGCAAUAUUAAACUUUAAAUUUCUAUGAAAUGAUUGUUGAUUUUUCAAUUAUAUUACUGCUUCUAUAAAUAACAUAAUCUUAAUUAAAAAACUUUUGGAUAAAAAUGAUUGUAAAUUAAUGUUAAGCAAUAAGAAAAUAAUGAUGUUUUUAUAUUUGCUGUUGUGAAUGAAAGCUAAAUUAUCAAUUAAAUGUUAUGUUUCAGAAAUUAAAAGUAUAAUUUCAUUGCAUCAAUUUCUGCAAUGGAUCAAGAACUGCAAUUAGAGCUGCGAUUUUUGCUCCUAAACAUCAUUUGAUAAUUGUUGUUUUGAUUAUAAUGAAAUCGAGCCAGAUAUAAAUAACUUUUAUUUUUAUCUGUUGCUGGCCAUAAGCUUCUAAUUAUAGAUAAAGACUUGUAUGGACAUUAUAUUCGUACUUUUCCCAUUUUUAUCCUCCAUCCGUUCUAAAUGGAAAGCUUAGGGCAAUCAUGCAAUUUAAUUAGCUUUUCAAAGAAUAUGAUUUUGCUAUGGAUCACUUUAGUAAUAUUUCAGAAAUAGAACAUGGUUGUUCAUGUUAGAACCCUUUUCAGUACAAAGUUGCAGUGAAGUUAAUGUAAAUAAAUAUAUAAAUACUUCUAGUUUUUUUAUGUGUAUUUGUAAAAUUUAAAUUCUACUUAGAUUAUGCAAAUAAAAUGUCCUGUACCAUCUGUUACAAGAACUACUCUUAAUAAGUUACUAUUGUAAGAGCUUGUGCAGAAUGCAGCUAGAUAGUGGUUUACAAAUUAUUAUUGAAUCAUAUUUAAAUAUAGGGCAUGCACAUUGUAUGCAUUUAUUUAGGAAUGUUUAUUCCUUUUAUUUUUCUGUAUAAGUUUGUAUUCCUUUUAGUAUAAAAUCAUUUUAAAAGAGUU